AAAAAGAGAAGAAAAUACGAUCAGUUUCGUAUGACUAGUGACAAUACCAUUAUCAUUCCAGAUGAAGAAUAUGAACAACAAGUUGAUUCCUCUGGUGAUGACGAAGAAUUUCAGUCGGUUGAUGAGGAAUCUUCUUCAAAUGAACUAUUGUUAAAUAAUAACGAAUCGUUUGCGGCAUCUGAAUAUGUAGAAGAAUCAGAUACGAAAAAUACAUUCACAAACAUAAAUAUGAAUGAUUUUUGGAUUCUUUUAUGGAUCUUUAAAUCUCAAGAAAGAUUCAGGCUUCCAGAUAUUGCAGUCGAUUCAUUAAUCAAAUUCUUCAGAGUAGUACUGUCCAAUACUAAUGAAAAAUGA